UACCGCUUCUAAAAUCGUAAUGAUCAAUUAACAUGAUUAAAAUUGCUACCGCUUCAGAAACAAGUAUCAAAAAUUAAUUAAUUAACGUGUGUCUUAUCAAAUACAUGUAAUAAUAAAAGUCUCGAUAUAACCAUAUUCAUUAAUUUACUAUUACGGAAAAUCAAAUCUAUUGUUAAUCAAAGUAAUUUAACAACUUGUUAUUGGAUUAAAAAUGUUUCCCAAGGGAUUCCCAAUUCUAUUCAUGUAAUUUAUGUAACGAAGCUGACAAAUUUAAAUACCGGUAAAUUGUCUUCAACCUGAUACCAGUACAAAGGAAAAUGAGCAAUAUUUUUUAACACAAAAACUACAGAAGAAAACCACACCAUAAAUUACUUUAGACUCUGGAAAAGGCGAGAGCAAAAGCAAUAUUUUAUAUCCUGAACUUCGAACUGACAUAUAUAUAUACUUAUAUAUAUAUAUAUAUAUAUAUGUGUGUGUGUGUAUGUAUAUACACGAUGGAAUCAACAUUAGCAAAAUUCUUCAUUUCAAACGAAAAUAGAACUGACAAAUACGACACAGUUUUUCAUAGUACUUGUGUUUUGAAACUUCAAUUUAAUAAUGUCAUUUUCCUAAGCAUCGACUGCUAUAAUUUUUAUUAUAAUGAAUGCAUAAAUAAUUAUAUAGACCAUAAAUUUAGUUUACCCGAUGUAAAUAUUUUUCAAACAUUGAAAAUAUUAUACGAAUCAUUUCUCAUUGUCAACAAUUUAAGCUUGAUAAAGACCAAGAAAUUACAGCUACAAAUAAGAAAACCAAUCGGUAGCAAUAGUGAUAAACUACAUAGAAAAAUACUAGAAUUAAUCAUCAUCUUCUUUCGUUUAAUACAUGAUAACGAUCGUCUAGAAAGUAUAAACAACGCACUUCUAGAUAAAUUAUUGCAAUUGAAAUUGAAGUCUAAUUAUGGUGACAACAUUAACACAACUGAAAUUUGUUUAAAAUGUCUUGAUUUUUCAAAUAAGCUAGAUGCCACAGGUGCCAAAUAUAAUUCUCUCUCUAAAAUCUAUACAAAUUGUCAAUUGGAAAAGGAAAAAAUUGUAAUGAAAUAUGCUAGGAGUGAAAAAGAAUUAAUGGACUUAAAAAGGUUAAAUGAUGCUGCAAAAAAAAAAGUAGAAAUCAUUUCGAGAGAAAAUUUAGAUAUUCAACAAAAAUACGAAAAAGUACAAGAUAAAGUAAAAAAACGGAACGAAGAAAUUCAUAUGAAAUGCUCAGAAAUAAUGGAGUUACAAAAUCGCAUCAAACAUUUGAAAAUAAUUGAAAACGCUAAAGAAAUGAAAUUAUCAUGGGCUCAAAAUAGGCUGAAACUUGUUAGUAGUGCAGCCGAAGAAAUGAAAUUGAAAUUAAAAUCAUCUUUGGAAAUAUCUCCAAAAAUAAAUAAGAAUAAAAUAUAUGAGAAUGAAAAAAGUAUCAACAAAUCAGCUAGUGAUCUAAGAAAAAAAUCAAUCAACUUCCUAGAUCACCAAUACGAUGAACAAAAUACAGACAUUUUACGCGAAGAAAUAGAAGAUAUAUAUAAUAUACAAGGAAAAAAUGAAAAGCUACUAUUGGAAGAGAAAACAAUCUAUUUAGGGAAUUCAUCAAAACUGGACUAUCAGAAUACAAAAUGUAUAUCUUCCACUAACUUACUAAAGAAAAAUAUUGUAGAAAGGAAUAUAGAAAUUGUAAAUAUAGAACAACAUCUUCAGAAAUUACUCCGAAGCAAGGAAGAUCGUAUUCGUGAAUUGGAAUUUGCAAUGGAACAACUUCAUACUAAUGUAGCAGAAGUAAAAUUAGAUUUAGAAAUGCAACGUUACAGAGAAGUACAAGCACUAGAAUUUGUUCAAAAACUUACAGAUAAAAAUGUUCAACUUUUCAACGACUAUCAAAAAUUACAAAACAAAUAUGCCGCAAUAGAAUACAAUCAAAUUCCUCUGACGGAAAACUUCGAACAAAUGAACCUCAAAAUUGAAAACCUGACAUCUGAGAAAUUGAAACAUUUAGAAGAUAACAAUAAAUUAUCAAAAUUUCUAGCAGAACAAAUGUUUAUAAAUGAUAAAUUAUCAAAUCAAAUAGAAGAAUUAAAAGGACAAAUAAUUAUACUUUCAAAAAAAUAUAAUUUUAUUAUGAAAGAAGUGUUUCGGAAGAUCCAUUUAAAUCAUUCUAAUGCUCAUGGUAUUUGUUCUUUGAAAUGAAUUUAAAUGUUAAAUAAUUAAUUUUUUAAUAACGUGCCUUCAUAGAAAAUAUGCUACAUCAGUCCUUACUACAGUUGUCCAUUGUUUUUGUAUAAAAAAAUGCCAAUA